AUGAGUUCUUUUCCAGUAAAGAGAUGGGGCUAUGAUUUUCGACACCUUAUUGACCUGAUCACCCAUGACAGAAAGCACGAUCCUAAGUACUUCAACAGUUACCGGCACAUUCGAAAAUACGAUUCAGAACUCGCUGCUGUCAUUCGUGAGCUCCUGGAGCCGGACACUAAACUUGCGAAUGAUUUCCCAAACCUUCAUCAAGUUCUCUCCCAUCGCUAUAAUGCAGCCUUGGCUGGCCGGGAAACAGAAGUAUCCCGAUGCCGGCACGUUGAGACGGAUAGCGGCGAGAGAUACGAUAGCCACCAGUACCAGACUCGGCUUCUACAGCACCCCGAACUUUAUGUAGACAGGGAUGAGGAGGCUAAGAAGAUAUAUCUCAGAUGGAAGUCUCUAUGCAAAAUACUGAAGAAACAGCACUUCGUUAUCCGGGGCAUCCUCGGCAGUGGAAGUUACGGGAUUGUCCUACUUGCCCAUAAAAGAGACGAUGAAGGUCGCUUGUACGCUAUUAAGAUGGAGAACCUGGUUACAAUCGCCACAACAGUGAAUUAUCACGAGAAAUACAGGGUUGUCGGCGCGAUUGGACCCUCACCGGUAAUGGCGCCCUUGUUCUUACAAGACGAUGAACUUCACUACAUCCCAAUUGAGGCGUACAUUCUGCUUCUUGCCAACGAGUGUGGCCGGUUCCCGACCCUUGACUCGGUCUACUCCCACAAGUUAUACCAGGCCAUCGUGAUGUCCGCCCACCUCGAUGAGGCCGUUGCCGAAGCUUCUUAUAUCCCCAAAAACCCUGAAUAUAACGAAUUGCUCGUGCGGAGAUUCGGGGCUUGCAUCGCCAGUCAACUCACAAUGUACAAGGAAUCGUUACUGGAGGAGCACAUGGUCUGCAAGGUUGCAUCUCAACUUCUGGAAGGCCUCGCCUAUUUGCGCGACAUGCAUAUCUGCCACGACGAUCUCAAGACCGAUAAUUUCAUCAUAGAAGAAGACUUGAACACCAUCAUCAUAGACAUCGGACUCUACACAUUUGCCCUCACCGAUAACGACUAUCUCAAGGAAGAAUUCACCUACGUACCCGCGUACGAAGGCGGCCUCACGCCGGAAUUGACCCUCGAGCUCUUCAGGGCUGCCUAUAUAGGGGAAGCGAACGAUCAUUGGCAGUUCCAGAUUGUACUCCCCCACGACCAGCGGAUGACCGGCCUGUGGGUGCUGGCCUCGAACAUCUACGAGCUGCUGCACGGAUUCGCACCCUGGGAGGACCCCAAGUGGGACCGCCACAUCUGCUAUGUGCAGGAUUGGCGGCAACCCGGGGUUGACAAGACAAUCUAUGGCGAUCGAAAGAAAGCGCUCAAGGCACGGCGGGAAAGGGUCAUCAACAAGGAACUGCCGGUCUCGGAGAUGCUCUCGCAGGACUGCGCCGACGCCAUGAUGAUGAUGUUCGCCAAGGACCCCAGGGACCGACCCACGCUGCCGGAGGUGGAGUCCUGUGUGUGGUUUGGGCAGUGGAAAUACGAGUCUGACGAUCCCGAAAGGUUCAAGCGGCCGGGCAACAAUCGGGAAGUCAGGCAGCAUGUGAUGGAGGAAGGACAGCAGGCUCAGCAGGCGCAACUCCAGGCACAGCAGCAGGCACAACUCCAGGCACAGCAGCAAGCUCAAUUCCAGGCACAGCAGCAGGCACAAAACCUAAUACAGAUAGCGGCAGCAGUCAACCAGCUUAUCGCAGACAAUGACGGGGACCCAAUGCAAGAAUAG